AUGGCUCUACUGAGUGCCUCGGUUUGUGGUCUCAGAAGAUUGCUGGCUAUCUGUGAAGGCUAUGUUAAGAAUCACGGAUACGUCUACAAUGAAAAGAAAAGCGUAGUCAUGGUCUUUGAGGCUGGUGGUCGAUGUCUGAAAACAAUACCUCCUGUAAGGUUGAAUGGUACGGCUCUGCAGAGGACCUAUAAUUUUAAAUAUCUUGGCCAUAUAUUGACUUCCAUCUUAAAAGACGAUCAAGAUAUUGAGAGGGAAAGAAGGGUGCUGUCGGUUCGAGCUAAUAUGAUUGCUCGCAGGUUUGCUCGUUGCAACGUAGCUGUGAAGCAAACUUUAUUCCGUGCUUAUUGUACCUCCUUCUACACGUGCAGCCUGUGGGCAUCAUUUACUCAGAAAUCGUACAGCGCCAUUCGAGUACAAUACAAUAACGCGUUCCGGGUCUUAAUGGGGCUGCCUCGCUUCUGCAGCGCAUCAGGGAUGUUUGCUGAAGCUCGCAUUGACUGCUUCUACGCAACAAUGAGGAAAAGAUGCGCGUCCCUGGUGCGCCGUGUGCGGGACAGCCCCAACACCUUAGUGCGCUGUAUAGUAAAAAACAUAGAAAAAGGUUUUGGUUUUAAAAACGAAGUGAAAUGGUUUAAUGCUGUAUUUAUUUCGAUGUAUCAUGUUUUCGGGUUUUAUUGGUGUUGGCUCUAUGCCUUUCCUGUAAAGGCGUUAACUGUGGUCUUUGCCAUCCUAAUGUACUGUAUCAAUGCUACAGGAAUAACUUGUGGAGUCCAUCGAUUGUUCACGCAUAGAUCUUACAAAGCGGUUCCAGCAUUGAAAAUAUUUCUAGUGAUAUGCUUUUGUGGUGCUGGUCAAAAUUCUAUCUACGAAUGGGUCCGCGACCACAGACUUCACCACAAGUUCAGUGACACAGACGCCGACCCUCACAAUGCGAACCGAGGCUUCUUCUUCUCACACAUCGGCUGGCUCAUGAUGAAGAAGAACGAAGAAGUGAAGAAACAGGGGAAGAAAAUCGACAUGAGUGAUAUUGAAGAAGAUGAUAUUAUUAUGUUUCAGAAGAAAUACCACACGUUUCUUAAGUUAUUCUUCUGCUAUAUUUUGCCGAUAUCCCUGAACAAAUAUCUGUGGAAUGAAGACUGGAAGUGUGCAGUAGCUUGGCAAGCCUUCAUCAGAUUCUUGUUUGUCUUCCAUGCUGAGCUGUCAGUCAACAGUUUUGCUCAUCUCUAUGGAUACCAGCCUUAUUCCAAAACCAUCAUACCAAAAGAAAACGCGUUCGUCUCAUCAAUAUCAUUUGGAGAAGGUUGGCAUAACUACCACCACAGUUUCCCUUUCGACUUCAAGGCUGCUGAGUUCUGCGAUCAGUUCAACUGGUCUACCAACAUGAUUCGCUGGUGGGCUAGACAAGGUUGGGCUUAUGACCUGAAAGAAGCCACUCCGGAGAUGGUAUGCUCCAUGAUGAAGAGAGCUGGUGAUUGUCAAUAUUUGAAUAACCAAUUCAUGACAUGA